AAUCAUGUUAAUUUUCUAGAAAUAAGCUAAAAGAAAAUAUUAUGGUAUUUUAUCACAAAUUGUUGACGAAAUGGGAAGACAUAAGGAAUGGAGGAAAACUGCUAAAAAAGAGAGGAGACGUAGAAUUCGAACUCAACAAGCGAAGCAGAGAGAUUAUAUUGAUGAAACAUCGACUGAAUACGCCGAUUGGCUGAAAGAACAAGAAGAAUUGGAAAGGUUUGAAAUAGAACAGAUCGAAAGAAGUAAUAAAGAGGAGCAACAGAAAUGGCUGCAUGCGGAAAUGAUUGCAGUAGAGCAAUGGCACAGACUACAGGAGAAAAGAGAAAUUCUUAGACAACAACAACUUGAGCAGGAAGCUAGGCUAAAAAUGGAAUGGGAAUUAGAGCAAGAAAGAAAGAGAGAAAGGGAAGAAAGACUAAAGUACAUAGAAGAAGAACACAAAAAAAGACAAGAGAUUUUUAUGAAGCACUUGGAAGAGUUCUUAUCAGGAGAUUCUAAUGAACCUCCAUCAGAACUAAUGGUGUGUCGAGAAACCAAACCAGAGUGUGAUCUGUGCCCAUUCUUCAAUAAAACUGCUUGCUGCCGAUUUGGGGAUCAGUGUUCCAGGAACCAUAGAUACCCUGGAAUCAGCAAAGUUCUUUUAGCAACAAAUUUCUACACCCAUUUUGGAUUGGAGAAUGCAAACUUUAAUGAGUAUGACACAGAUCUGAUGCUAGAAUAUGAAGAGAAUGACACAUAUAAGGAAUUUAAAGAAUUUUUUUAUGAUGUUAUACCAGAAUUUGAAAAGUUUGGUAGAAUUGUACAAUUCAAGGUAUGCAAUAACUUUGAGAAGCAUCUGCGAGGUAAUACAUAUGUAGAGUUUGCAGAGCUGCGCUGUGCAGUAGCAGCAUACCGAUUUUUGCACUCUCGUUGGUAUGGCGGUAAACAACUUUCACUGCAGUUUUGCAAUAUUACCUCUUGGAAAAAUGCUAUUUGUGGUUUACAGUCAAGAAAACGGUGUCCUAAAGGUCGCGCGUGUAACUUCUUACACGUCUUUAGAAAUCCGAAUAACUUGUUCCACAAUUAUUUCACCGAGCAUACACCCAGGGACUCUGGAAGGUCACAGAAACCACCACGUCGGUCAUGGCGGUGGUCUGAGUCGCCAGAAGUAGAAGUACCGAAAAGAAGGCGAUCCAGAUCAAAAGAGAGGAGGGAUCGUUCAAAGUCCAGAGAAAGGGCCAAGAAUAAUACGGAAAACUCCCUACGGAAGUCUAGAGUUCGUGAGAGUUCUAGAAGUUACAGAAAAAGCUCUCGAAACAGACGUUCACGUUCGCAUUCGCGUCGAUCUAAAGAUCUAAUGUCACCAAGAUCUAAAGAUCUAAUGUCACCAAGAUCUAAAAUGUAAAAAAAACCA